ACUGCGCUUGGCAGUCGGGUGACCGUACAUGCCGAGGUAGGUCGGUGAGGACAGGACGCGCAAAUUACACAGCAAAUGAGCGCCACAAACAACAUCAAGCAAAGGAAACAGAACGAACAACGGACUGCAACAAUGCAACGUCAACGACUGGGCAACAGCGACACACAGAACCUCACAGCCACAACCACAACGAUAAUCAACGACGGCUAAUGAAAGCAAAGUGCAUGUAAAAUUGACGAAUAAGCCGAAAGUGUAUAGGGGCAAACAAAAAUGUCGACUGCAAUUUGGCUGGCUGUUGGGCGAGAGGCUCGAGGAGAAGGGGAAGCGGCCGAUGAGCUGGGGAACGCAUUAAAUAACGCAAAAAGCGGCGAAAAAUGCGGUAACCACAACUAAAAAACAUGGAAAAUUAUGAGAUCAAAAAAUGCACUCUUCGUGGAAGCUACUCAGUUCAAUGACAACGCCAACAACAACAACAGCAGCAGCAACACGCGAAGCAUGCAAGACAAAAGCAACAAUUGAUGCGCGGUUUUGCACAGCUGCGCUCUAGUACAACGUCAAAGUGAGCAGCACGCAGGCGUCGCAGCAACAUGCUUCUUCUUCCUUCCUCCGUGUUUGGCAAAUUAUCGUCCAUCUUCAUUUGCACUCAAAAUUUUGUUUGCCAAAAGAGCUGUGCUGCAUUUUUCGGGUGGUUCUCUUACAACAUUUCGGGAAGAGAGCAUGAAAACUUGUUUCCGUUCGCAUGAAAGUGAGACCGAAAUAUGCGAACAGCGACAAAAUGCAUUCAACAGGCGGCAGUUGGAGCAACAAUGGAGGAGGACAACCGGCAAUUGGUUUGUUAUCUUUGUUAAGAAAACUACGCCCCAGCCCUGACAAAGAAGCCAGAAUACUGUUACUUGGCCUAGAUAAUGCUGGCAAGACGACAAUUCUGAAGCAAUUGGCAUCUGAAGAAAUUUCAACGGUAACGCCAACAGCUGGUUUCAACAUAAAAUCCGUGGCAGCCGAUGGCUUCAAGCUCAAUGUCUGGGACAUUGGCGGUCAGUGGAAAAUACGGCCUUACUGGAAAAACUACUUUGCCAACACGGAUGUAUUGAUUUACGUAAUUGAUUGCACCGAUCGUGAACGCUUAUCCGAAACUGGCCGCGAGCUCUUCGAACUACUUAUGGACAAUCGUCUGAAGCAGGUGCCAUUGUUGGUGUUCGCCAACAAACAGGAUCUACCAAAUGCGCUUACCGCAUCUGAGGUAGCCGAAGCGGUGCAAUUAGUGCGUUUAGAAGAGCGCACCUGGCAGAUAAUAGGCUGUUCAGCCGUCGACGGCACUGGCAUCAAAGAUGGCAUGGAUUGGGUCUGCAAGAACAUGAAGAAAUGAACAACUUCAUUUCGUUUAUAUGUAGUAGUAUGAUGUACAUAGCAUGUAUGUAUGUACAUACUAAGUAAUAUGUAUGUAAGGCUAUGUACUAGCUUUUGAACAAAGAAAAAGUACAGUAAUCAAUGGAAUUUUUAAUGUAGAUUCUUCUAAAUAUGUAUAAGUAUUUUAGAAAGUAGAUAUGUAUCUGCGCGUGCAGCUCAUAAUUUAAUAAAAUUUAUUUGGUUUUACUCAUAGGCCAUUCAUAAUAGAAAUGACUCAUUACUGAUUACAAAAAAACAAAACACGUGAAAC